CGACAAACAGAGCUCAUUCACAUCUGACACCUGUCCGAUAACCUUGCCAGUUCUGUAUUUGGCAAGAAAGACCUGGAAGCAUGAACGAUCUGUGAAAGUUUCCAAAAAGACGGUUCCGGCUCGACUCGAAACACAACAGAAAAUCCAGUACAGUAUCUGCAAACUUAUCCGUGACUUCCCAUUUCGGCAGUUAAGAUGGACAGACCAUCAGGACCAGAUUGGAGUGGCAUCAACCGCAUGGUUCAUUACAGAAUAGGGAUGCUGCGAUUCGAGAACAAUUUGGGGCCCAUUAAGAGAAAGAGAUUGCAAGAAAUUUUUGACGAGGAAGUACCGACCCCAAAGAAAAUGAAGUUUACAGAUGUUCCUGUCAUUCCACACGACAACACUCUUCAUGAAAGCUGGGACGAGGCGCUUCUGGAGAGGCUGCAACCGACGAACAAAUCAACCAAUCAGAAGCCAGGCAGUGCGACCGACGACCUCUUGAUCAGCCUCCCCCAACAUCAACAAUUCACUACCACCGGAAGCAGCGUCGCAUUCCCGAUUCACCAGGGACAAAGAUCAAAGAGCGCUGAGCCUACCAUCGAAGCAUGCGUACGACAAGCAAGACGUCAAUAUCUGGACGAAGCAGCGCAUCUUCCUGUGGAGCAUGACGACUCUGAGAUGCCGAGAACGAGCCCUCGCAGCAAGAAACGCGCACACAGCUCCAGCCAAGACGACGUCGUAGACCUCUCAAACGACACUGAGCUGCCCCUGCCAAAGGAGGAAGAGGGUGAAGCAUCUGCGAGCUAUCCUGUAAGUCCAUUAGCCCAGUAUUGCGCAAGGCUGUUGUCGAGGCCCUCGGCUAGUCCCGCACCGAAAUUCGAUAUCGCUAAUGCUUCACCUCAGGAAACUGAGAUACCGGUCAUCAUUUCUGCGAAGAGGAUCAAACCGAACUCGGGUGAAAAGUUGCAGGAACAAAGUGGCACGCCAGAACCCGAAAGUCCUACAAAGACGGUAUCAACGGGAAAUGCUGGCAGCUUGAGAUCGAGUCGGCAGAUUCACGAAGGCAAAAAAGAGAACGCGUCUGUCGAGGGCAAUGAACGCGACCAGAAGGAAUCCAGCGAAAGCAAGGUCGGCCCCAAACGACCGUGGAGUUAUUUUGACACCUAUAAGACCCGGAAGCCAAGCAAUAUUCGAGAUUUUGGUAACCCCAGACCUGUUGCUCCUGCAUCGACCCCGUCAGCCUCUCGGGGGCAAGAGUCAAUGGUAUAUCUUUUGAUCCACUGGGGACCUUGGCACUGACUUCUUCAAAGGCUCCUGUCCCAAGCGGCCCAAAACCAGUUAAUCGACUCUGUCCCAACACCCCGCAUCAACAGCUGCACAAAUUCGGCAACAAUGCCUCGAAACCGAAUGCACCUUUCAAGCCGCAAGUUCCAAAGUUUGACCUGCACAAAGACCAUAGCCGGCGAGCCGAGCAGCCCCCGAGCA